AUGUCACGAUCUACAGAGAGAUUGAACCCUAUUCAGGACAAUGUAGAGCUGGGACAUGGCGAUAGAGGACCUCGCAUGGCCGGCGAAACCCUGAAAAACUCCGGAUCGGGUUUGAAGCGACGCAAAAUUCGCAAAGGCACGUCCAGUUGCUGGGAGUGCAAACACCGCAAGAAGCGUUGCGAGUUUCGACCAAUCUCCAACUUGACCUGUGUUUUUUGCCAGUAUCAUAACCUUGCAUGCGGCAGCCAGGAUUCUCCAGACCCCACAGGGAACAAAGGUAGUGAUGCGGAGAACAUUGCCCAACGCAUUGAUCAUGUCGAAGCCUUAAUCACCCGGCUGGUCAACAAACAACAACAACAACAACAACCAGCUGCAACCAAAAAGUCUUUUUCUUUCGUGCUGUCCAAACGGUCCGAAGGAAAGGACUACUACUACCCAAAGUUAUCAUCUGUCAGCCAUGAAGCGCUGUCAAGAGGCCCUUCGCUCGCAGGCUUCCUUUACUCUGUUCUCCCCGAUCCAUCAGUGGCCAUUGUCAUUUUGAGCAGCAGCAAGCUCUUCAGGUCACCUCUCCAGAUUUCUCAGAUGCCCCUUUCUGGAAGAUCAGGAUUGGAUGAAGUAUCUGGGGACCUACCUCUUUCACCAUUCGCCCAUCCCAUUCUUUUGGCACGCCGAUUGAUCCAACUUGCCCUUUGCCUGCGAUAUUUCGAUGCCAAAUCAUGCGAAAAGCUGGAGCUAUUCUUAAAAGGAUCUGUGACCGAUGUAUCUUGCCGCUACUUCAAUCUGGCUUCACAGCUUGUCAUGGCCCAUGAUGAAUUGAUAGGAUCCGUGGAGGGAUUGGAAAACUUAAUGCUACAAGCGCUCUAUCACAUCUCAGCCGGUGAUCUUCAGUCAGCAUGGUCACUCCAUCGCCGGGCAUCUAACAUUGCAUCUCAAAUGGGUCUCUCUCUCCUCGCGGAGACAGCCGGCAGUCGUGCGGAAUCGGUUUGGUUCCGACUAGUUUAUAGCGACCGCUUUCUAUCAUUUGCUAGGUCUUCCAUUCGCAAUCUCCGGGAGUCAUGGUGUUCAUGA